AUGGCUUCAUACCCUUUACAAAGGACACGACAAAACUUUUCCGCAUAUCGCCGAGUGCGAAUUCACGACUAUAAUGAGGAUGAGCGGAACGAGGAAUGGGAUGGAAGCGAUUGGAGGAGAGCUAGAAUCAAAGCCGAGGAUGAACUUGAUGAUCACGAGGAGAUUUAUCGUAGAAAUAGUGAGGAUUCAAUGUCACAAACGACAAUUCAAGAGGUUGUCCUUGAGGCAAUCGUUGAAGUCGAUAAACAAUCGCUGAAAGAUGUUGAAGUGAACGGAUAUGUGUCAAAUGGCGAGGUGAUCAUCAACGGUGGAACGCCGUCCGAGAAAAUUGUCGAGGCUAAUUUGUUGACUCAAUUGAGCAUUUUGCGAGACUACGUUCUUGAUUUGCCUAAGCAACUCAUGGAUCGAGCCAACAAAUUGUACGAGUUCGCUCGAGAACAAUCACUUGAAAGUUAUAAGAAGAUUCAAGCAAAUGCUCCUUUCUUGAGAGAUGUUGCUGUGAAAGCGGUGGCUGUGCUGUUAGUAAUCUCGGCACUUUUCUCAUUUAUUGUCGCCUAUCGAGUAGGCAAAACUUUCUAUGCGAUUGAGGACACGUAUUUUUGCCGUGGCUUGAGUUGGAUGGACUCGACAUUAGGCACUGAUCUCUCGCCAACUCUCUGCGCAACUUUCCACGACGAUCUCUACACCGAAGCACAACAAGAAGCUGAGAGUCUUUUUCGAGAGAUUAAAAAUGGAGUCUUUUCGGUGACAGGGAAUAUUUUCAAAGGAUUAGCUGUGAUGAUUCGUCUCUCCAUCGCUAUCGUUGAUCAUUUCUUUGGAGCGAUUUUUGCUGCUUUAUACGAACUCUGGGACAACAUGACCGAUAAUCUCAGUUUUCUGUCGAAUUUCCUUAUCGCAAUUUAUGAGUUUUUGAUAAACGCUUUCUGGGCGAUGAUCGAAUUGAUUGUGAGCGCGGUGGAAACUGUCUACUCAACAAUUCAUGGGCUUUUCGUUAAAGAGGAACGGGGAUGGUUUUCC